AUGGACUGGCAUGGCAUCACUCGGCUCGGAUUCCUUCUGCUCGCGCUGCGCGGAUUGCGGGGGCUGAGCGCCGCCUGCCCCGCCGCCUGCACCUGCACCGUGUCACGGAUCUCGUGCGUGGAUGGAGCGGCACCGAGCAUAGAGGAUUUUCCGCUGCUCACACUGGACGACAUGGAAAACAUCACCGACAUAUACAUCGCCAACCAAAACAGGCUGUUUGAGCUCAAUGACAACAGUCUGAGGCAUUACAUAAACCUCCGAAACCUAACAGUGACCAGGACCAGAUUAACGUCCAUAUCUCCGGAUGCCUUUUACAACAACACAAGACUACAAUUUGUGAAUUUGCGAGACAACAAUCUGUCGCAGCUGUCAUGGAGGACCUUUCAGAACUACAACAUCUCCUAUUCGCUCCUGCUAUCCGGAAAUCCUCUGGACUGCGUCUGUGAGAACCUCUGGAUCAAACUGCGGAGCCAGGAAGAACCCGACAGCCAAGAUCUGCAAUGCAAGGACGAAUACGGAGCAACAAAAGCCUUCGCCACGCUCACUCCACCUGACUGUGUUGUCCCUCAAGUAGAGGUCACCCCCACGAUGGUGACUGAGAUGCAGGGCGGUGAUGUCAAAGCAUUGUGCAGUGCCUUGGGAUCGCCAUCUCCCGAGAUUCUGUGGAACCUGGACAUAAUCUUCUCCCGCUUUGUGAUUGACGCCAUGGAGACAGAGAGCAGGCUCACCCUGUCUGACCUUUCACCCGAGGACAAUGGAAAGGUGAUUACAUGCACUGCAGAGAACAUGGUGGGUCAGACGGAGGCCACGCUGCAACUCAACAUCCUCUUCGCGCCCACCAUCCAGCAGCUGCUGGAACCGGAGAAGGACCACCACUGGUGCAUCCCCUUCAGCAUGACGGGCAACCCCAGGCCAGAGCUGAAGUGGUACUUUGAAAACGAGAUGCUGGAGGAGCAUGACUACAUCCGGACCACUUACCACAAGACCACCAAGAGCGAAUAUCACGGCUGCCUGCAACUGGUCAACCCUACGCACAUCCACAACGGCAUCUACCGGCUGGUGGCCAAGAACCAAUAUGGCCAUGACGAAAAGAUGGUGGCGGCGCAGUUCAUCGACCCACCGGACGACCACACAGAUGAUCCUUACUACUACUACACCACUGACUCGCCGCUGCCACCAAUGGACGACAGCAUUGCUGUUUAUGUAGUGGUGGGAAUCGCCGGUGUGGCUUUGAUGGGCUGCGUUCUCAUGGUGAUCAUUCUUAAAUAUGGAAGGACCUCCAAAUUUGGAAUUAAAGGCUCCUCGUCGGUCAUCAGCAACGACGAUGACUCUGCCAGCCCCCUCCACCACGUCUCCAAUGGUAACAACACGCCAUCGUCCUCCGAGAUGGCACCAGACGCUGUCAUCAUUGGUAUGACCAAGAUCCCAGUCAUUGAAAAUCCGCAGUACUUCGGCAACACGGGCAGCAUGCUGAAACCAGACACGUUUGUGCAGCACAUCAAGAGACACAACAUCGUGCUGAAGCGUGAGCUGGGCGAGGGCGCCUUCGGCAAGGUCUUCCUGGCCGAGUGCUACAACCUGACACCAAGCCACGACAAGAUCCACGUGGCCGUCAAGACCCUGAAGGAGGCCAGCGAGAGUGGGCGUGCCGACUUCUACCGGGAAGCUGAGCUGCUAACCAACCUGCAGCACGAACAUAUCGUCACCUUUUAUGGCGUGUGCGUGGACAGCGACCCUCUCAUCAUGGUCUUUGAGUACAUGAAGCACGGAGACCUCAACAAGUUCCUCAGGUCCCACGGUCCAGACGCGGUGCUGAUGGCGGACGGGCAGCACAGCAUCCUGGUGGAGCUGACGCAGUCGCAAAUGCUGCACAUUGCGCAGCAGAUCGCAGCCGGCAUGGUCUAUCUGGCGUCACAGCACUUUGUGCACAGAGACCUGGCCACGAGGAACUGCCUGGUGGGCGAGAACCUGCUGGUCAAAAUCGGAGACUUUGGCAUGUCCAGAGACGUCUACAGCACCGACUAUUACAGAGUGGGUGGUCACACGAUGCUGCCUAUUCGUUGGAUGCCGCCAGAGAGCAUCAUGUACCGACGCUUUACCACCGAAAGCGACGUGUGGAGCCUGGGUGUGGUCCUCUGGGAGAUUUUCACCUAUGGCAAGCAACCCUGGUACCAGCUAUCCAACAACGAGGUGAUCGAAUGCAUCACACAGGGCCGUGUACUCCAGCGGCCGCGCGCCUGCCCCAAGGAGGUUUACGAUCUGAUGCUGGGCUGCUGGCAGAGGGAGCCCUACAUGAGGCUUAACAUCAAGGAGAUUCAUGCCAUGCUCCAGAGCCUCGCCAAGGCCUCCCCCGUCUACCUGGAUAUACUGGGCUGA